UAAGAACCCCAAAACCAUGCUUAACUUUGUCUGGAGCAAACAUAAGGGACCGACCGUAAUUAAUUUAGCUUAUAAUCAGGUCUGAGCUAUACAACUUUUUCUUUUAUUUGUUUGUUUAUUUUGUUUAAUUAAUUAAUUCUUAUAAGCGUUUUAGACGAGUUUCCUUUUUAUUUUCGUAUUGCAUUCUCUUUUAUUAACUCUAUAUAUCCUUUCAUUGCUCUAGCGAAUUAUUCCCUGGUUCAAUAUCCCGUUGUUAUUUUAUUUUUUCUUAAUCUUUUAUUCAAUUGGUUACUGCUAAAUCUUCCUUUCGUUAAGCGUUUUCUAGUACGGUUAUUAGUAUGUCUUCGAAUUCUAAUUUUUCUUCUCUUAAAAAAGUCGAAACUGAAGCUGUCCCUAAUACUAGAUCACUUGAUAAUUCUCGCACGAACAGCUCGGAUUCAAGUUCCAUAUCAAUAAAUUCAAAAGGAGAUAUAAAAAGCGAGAAAAAAGAUGUUUUCGAUUCUUCGUCGCAGCUAGAGAAGGGAUCUAACCAUUCUACCAAAGAAUGGAAAAAAUUCUUUGAAGUUUUUGUUUGCGGUGUUGCUUUAAUUUCGGAUGGCUAUUGCUCUAACUCUAUUGGUACAGUCAUGACGAUUUUGAAGAAGCUUUAUCCCAAGGAAACAACAAAUAACAAGGCGCUACAAAACAUUGGUAUGGUUGCAUAUGUUGGUACUGUUGUCGGUCAAUUAUCAUUUGGUUGGUAUUCUGAUUUUUUUGGUCGUAAAAAUGGUAUGAUUACUGCUACUCUUAUCCUUCUUGUAUCUACCGCUCUUUGUGCCGGCGCUUAUGGUUACCAUGGAAGCAUCAACGGCAUGCUUUCUGCUAUGAUUGCUUAUAGAUUUUUCCUUGGUAUUGGCCUUGGCGCUGAAUAUCCUUGUGGAUCCGUGGCUGCUUCCGAAAACUCAAAUCAAAUGAAGUCUGGUAGACGCCAUGGUUCUUUUAUUUUUGUAACUGGUUCUGCAAUUGACAUGGGAUUUGUUUUAGGUGCUUUCGUUCCGUAUGUUCUCGUUUGUAUAUUCGGCGACCAUCAUCUUAGAGCAGUUUGGCGUAUGUCUAUUGGUUUAGGUUGUGUCAUUCCCCUUGUACUUCUUAUUCUCCGCCUACCAAUGAAGGAAAAUGGUAUUUACUUGAAAUCUAGAAUUCCUUAUUCCAAGAUUCCAUGGUCUGUCGUCCUACGUCUAUACGGCAUUCGCUUUCUCGUGAUUUCCCUCGUAUGGUUCAUCUACGAUUUAUCUGCAUACGCAUUUAGCUUGUAUUCUAGUACGAUUGUAAGUGGUAUUCUUCCUCAAAACGCAUCUACUGCGAAAAGCUUUGGAUGGAAUACUCUUAUUAACUCAUUUUACCUUCCUGGUUCUUGGUUAGGUUGUAUAUUUUCCGAUAUUAUUGGUCCUAAGUGGUGCUUAGUGUCUGGUUUAGUCUUACAAGGUGCUAUUGGUUUCUUCAUGUCUGGCUUUUACAACCAAUUGGUACAUCGUAUUGCCGGUUUCUGUGUUAUUUAUGGUAUCUUCUUGUCAUUGGGUGAAUACGGCGCAGGUGGUAACAUUGGUUUAAUGGCUUCAAAGACUUCACCUACUGCCAUCCGUGGUAUCUAUUAUGGUCUUGCCGCUGCAAUUGGAAAAUGUGGUGCCAUUGCUGGUGUAUACGCUUUUGGCGGAGAUCAAAUUCGAAUCUAUUUUUAUGCUGCUAGUGGAAUGGCAAUGUUUGUUGCUAUUUUAUCCUUUUUCUUUCUACCUCAAAUCAGUCAAACCUGCAUUGAAGACGAAGACGAGCGCUUCGCUAAGGCUUGUAUUGAGGCUGGAUAUGGGAAUCCUUAUGACCAUGAAGAAACCGUCCUUGCCAAAGCAUAACGAUCGUUGCCUUGGCUCGUUCUUGAUGUUGAAUAUAAUGACUAAUGAACAUAUAACGAAAAAAAACCUUAAUUUAAUUUAAUAUUUAAAUGAUCGAGAUGACUUGUUUAUAUACAUUUGUGCUUUUUCUUAAUGAACCGAGAGAAAGUGAAAAGCGUUUUAUUGACUUUUUGAGUUCAACCUCAGGGAAGCUUUUCCCUUGUUUAGUGUUUAUAUUCUUUAAAGUGUAAACAUCCGGACUAUCAGGUAUGUUUGUACGCCAACUCAACUUGGCAUUCGCUAAAAAAAAAACAAAAAAGAAAGGAAACAUCUUCGACAUUGUUUAUUGUUCAAAACUUUGCUUCAUUCGCUUGACUAAUCUAUAGACAGAGGGUUCUUGGGGUAUUACGGUUCACACUUACAACAACAUUGUUUAUAGCAACUUUAAAAAGGUUUAGAAUAUAGAACAGUUUAUGUAUAUUGUAUAUAGUAAAUAUAUUAUUGUAUAUAUGUUUCUACUUUAUUCGUUCCUUUCAUUGCCUC